AUGGACUGCGCAGCGUUAUGCCUCUUUACAGCGGCUGUCAAUUUUCGCGCAGGCCCAAAUACGAUGAGUUGUGACUACUGCGUGGAUACCCGAUCCACAUAUAAAGAUUGCUUUGACAACGUGCUCGAAUGUGCCUAUCGGGACCCGGCCGGCCUGAUCCUUUGCCUAAACACCUACGAAAAUAUCGGCUCCGGAGCGCUGGAAAAAUCGACAAAAUGUUUGAGCUAUAAGGAUUUUUAUAUAUCGGAUCAGGUAAUGCACACCGGGAUACCU